UCCAGUCCCAGCACCCACGGGAGUCCCAGGGAACAACUGGAAAGACAAACAUGAGCCACGUGUUACCCAGUGGGUGCCCAACUGCCCACAGAGCCCCUGGCAUCCUCCAUCCUCCUUAGCAGCUCCGCUCCAAUGAGUCGCCAGCCCCCAGCCAGGCUCCUGGCAGCGAGGAGAAAGCCAAAGCCGAGAACGCCAAGAAGGUGGUGGAGGAGGAGGAGGAGGAGAUAGACAUCGACCUGAACGCGCCCGAGACUGAGAAAGCCGCGCUUGCCAUCCAGGGCAAGUUCCGUCGCUUCCAGAAACGGAAAAAGGACCCCAGCCCCUGAGCAGCUCCGUCACCCCGUCCCCACAGUCUCCCAUCCCCCCUCUGCCAGCACAGCCUGGCUCGCCCUAUGUUUGCUCGCUCCUGCCUAGCCCAGCUUGGGCUGUUGGUAUUUUGCACGUUCUAUGUACCUGGUUUUGGGGGACGAGGGGCUCCUCAGACCCAGCUGCACCCACAUGCUGAGCUCCUGCCUGGGGAAGUGGGAGGUGGGCGUCCUCUUCUUAUAGCCAUGAUGUUGGCCCGGCAGACUCCUGGUGCCAUCCUCACAAAGCCAUGAAGGGGCCAUGGGCCCCAGGCUGGACAGUGCCUCCUGGGGGCCUCAGGCUGGGGUGGGCAGCCCUGGGAGAGUCCUGGGCUGGAAUUCAGAGCCACUCAGACGUAACUGCCCAUUAGCCAUGGCCAAGCCAACUCAUGGCAUGAAGGGUCUGCUCUUGAGCACCCCCCCAUCCUGAGUGGACACCCCUGAGCCACCCCACCCUGUCCUAAGAGGGGGCUGCUCCUUAGCUCCCCCACAUCUCCAUCCUGAGCAGCUUCCCAUCAACCCCGGCCCAUGGGACCACCCACUCCCACCAGACCCUGACUGGGACAGCCAGUGGCCCAGGGCCAGAUAGGAAGUGAGGGUGCAGAGCCAAGGAGAGCUUCAGAAAGGGGCCCAGAGCCAUGCAGGGGGAGGGGAAGGCCAUAAAGCCAGAUGGGGGGGAUCAGAGCCCAGUAGACCCAGGACUAUGAGGGGCAGACAGGGCUAGUGGGUGGGGGACAGGGCCUAGGGCAAGGCUAGGAGGGGGAAGGGCCCUAGGCUGGGGAGGCGGGGGGCUGCAGGGUGCCCCCAGUCCUGUGGGACCAGGCCAGAACUGCAGCUAAACAGGGCAGGCCCCACCAAAUUUCCAGGCUCCCCCAGGGCCAGGCAGGGGAGGGAGUCUGGGGCCAGGAUUGGGGAGAGGGACAAGGUCACCUUUCCCUUCAGGGUUUUCUUAGAUAACGGGCCGGAGGCAGCUGGUGACCGCUCCCCUGGGCUGGUGUUGCCUGGGGCUGGGGACAGAGGUGACCGUGGGGUGGAGUGUGUGGGGGGAACGUCAGGGCCCUGCUGGGGAGCAGGAGCCAGGCUUUGAUCUGCUCCGGCCAGGUGGGGAGCUCCUGCUCUGGGCCCCACAUAAUGGGCACAUGGUGUGUCAGCACCGGCUCCCUGGAGACCCCUCUCCCACUAGGAACAAGGGGGACUCCACCUCCCCCCCCCCCGUGACUGGGAACAAUGGAGACUGUCCCCCAUUGGGGGACAGUGGGGAUCCCUUCUCAUGCAGAGAACAAUGGGGACCUCCCCCCCAUGGGCAUAGUGGAGACCCCUGUCCCCCACUGAGAACAAUGGGGGACUCCUGUCCCCUCCCCCA